GGGAAUCUAGCGAUGCUCCAGAGACACUGUGAGACUGUUGGAUAACUGUCAGUUUUGACAGCGCGUUGGCACGGUGAUACAUGGAGAUGAAACACAAGAGAACUAUGAGACAACGCUAUGCUCUGAAACAUGGGAUACUCAAGGAGUUCCUGGCUGAGUUCCUGGGGACUUUUAUCUUGGUUUUGUUUGGCGUUGGGUCUGUUGCUCAGACGGUCCUGAGUCGUAAUGCCAUGGGGGAGACUCUCACCAUCCAUAUAGGCUUCUCUGUAGGACUGAUGAUGGCAGUGUACGUGGCCGGAGGAGUGUCAGGAGCCCAUGUGAACCCUGCUGUCUCCUUGGCCAUGGUGAUCCUGGGAAAACUCAAGUUCUAUAAAUUCCCUGUCUAUGUCAGCGCUCAGUUCCUUGGUGCUUUCGCUGGAGCUGCGGCAGUGUUUGGCCUGUAUUAUGAUGCGUUCAUGGACUUCACCAAUGGGAUUUUAUCAGUGACUGGUAUUAACGCCACCGGUCACAUCUUUGCCUCUUACCCUGCCAGGUCCCUAACCAUCCUCGGAGGCCUCAUAGACCAGGCAGCGGGAACAGGCAUGCUGGUGUUGUGUAUCCUGGCCAUCAACGAUGGGAAGAACAUCGGCGCCCCUAGGGGCAUGGAGCCGCUGUGCAUCGGCCUGAUCAUCAUGGCUAUCGGGGUGUCCAUGGGGCUGAACUGUGGGUACCCCCUCAACCCUGCCAGGGACCUGGGGCCACGGCUCUUUACUGCUGUAGCAGGCUGGGGCUGGGAGGUGUUCAGCACGUCAGACUACUGGUGGUGGGUCCCGGUGGCGGGGCCGAUGAUAGGGGGUGUGGUCGGGGCCCUGGUCUACUUCCUGUUCAUCGAGAUGCAUCACAAACAGCCUGAGAAACCCCACGAGGAGGAAGAGGAGGAGGACGAAGAGGAGGAAGAAGAUCUGGAGGAGGACAGCAGUCUUAAGGACAAAUAUGAGAUGAUUACCAUGAGUUAGAGUCAGAGAGAUUCAUUCACUUGUCAAGGACUUUAAAAGAAAAUAUCUGUCUGGUUCAGAUCAGUGUUACUGUAAAGUUAAUCAGGAGAGGAAUGUCAUGUUGGGAGCCAAAUACACACACACACACACACACACACACACAGGCUUGCUCUCUCAGUGUGCUAUGGUGAAACCCUGUGGUAGAGGGAGUAGAAGAGUUAUAGCCUGUUAUUACAUGUCAUAGCCUUUAGUAACCAGACCGGUGUGCUACGUAUGUGUGAAUGAUCAGAGUACGGUUUAUAGCCUGUUAUUACAUGUCAUAGCCUUUAGUAACCAGACUGGUGUGCUACGUAUGAGCGACUGAUCACAGUACAAGGCCUUUAGCCCGCUGCUGAUGGGCGCUCCAAUAGUCAGUCUACAUGGAGAAACCCUGUAGAACAGGCUAUUGUUACUCUUUUAAUAGGUAAAGAUACAGAAUGGUUAGUUCAUAAUGAUGUGCUUAAAUGUAGCAAUCCGCAACACUGGAAAAGUAAUAUUAUGUAUAUAUAAUAUUUCACCUCUUACGAUUCCAUUUGGACUACACCUCUGUCAUUUUUAUGUAAAUGAGAUUCCAUUUGGACUACACAUCUGUCAUUUUUAUGUAAAUGAGAUUCCAUUUGGACUACACAUCUGUCAUUGUUAUGUAAAUGAGAUUCCAUUUGGACUACACCUCUGUCAUUUUUAUGUAAAUGAGAUUCCAUUUGGACUACACCUCUGUCAUUUUUAUGUAAAUGAGAUUCCAUUUGGACUACACCUCUGUCAGUUUUAUGUAAAUGAGGUUCAUGCAGACAAUUAACCCAGCCCCAUUUGAUGUAAUUUUUGUUGUUGUAGUAAUGUCUGCGUUGUAAUUGCAGAAGGUAUAGCUUUAAAGUAGGCUUUAGAUUGCAAUUUUGACCAUACACUUCAUACUCUGUGCAUUGAAAGAGACCACGUGCGUAUCUAAGGAAACCCUGAGAAAUAACAAAUAUAACAACAACUUCUGUUACAAUUCAUGAAUUUCAUGUAUGGCAGUUAAAAGUUUUGUUGCCAUUGUGUAAUAUUCAAUUAUUAUGUUGGUUUAUUGGUGUGCUUUUUCUGUUUUUGAUUUUGUAUUGUUGUCAUGGAAAUAGUAUCCAAACUAUUUCAAUGUGACAAAUGUAUUCCUGUUUGUGUAAACAAAUAUUAUUACUUGGAUGCAUAAUAAAAAAA